UUUUCUUUUUUCUACCUUUGUGAGGACAUUUUAAAUUAUUUUAAAUACUGCAUUAUAAUUCCAAUAGCAUCAAUGUAUAAUAUUUAGUAAUACAACGAUUAGGGUUAGUAAGCCAUAACAAAUUUAGAGGAGACUCUUAGUUAAAUAAAAAAAGUGAUAGAUUCUUACCUCCAAAGCGAUUAAGAUACUAAGUCUGUGUACCAUGAUGUGACUUAAUAAGAAUCACAUAAAAAAAAAAAAAAUCAUACCUGGACUGAACGGGACCUGUUGGAUCGAAUCCAUGGCCUCAUAAUGCUCUCGUACCCUCACUGCAGGCUUACGACUGUCAUCAAUAAUGAUAAGAAGCCCUAAGAAAUUAGAGAAAGAUGAGAAAAUCACCUGAUUCAACAAACAUGUGCAUCCAGUGACAUACUUUAGAGGCAGAACCAGGGGUUUACUAAUAGAGCAAAGUACUGCCCAUCCUUCUGCCGGGGGACAAUCAAUGCUGGAAAGAACAGCAGCAGUCCAUAAUUCCAUGAACUGUAGAGCCAUGUACUGAACAUCGUGUUACGGAGUACACCGCAUCGUUGGCAUCAGUGCAUGGUCAGCAGAGUCUGAACCAGUUAAAGGGUAAAAAUACUGGAUGUGGAAAUGUCAAUACAUCUAAUGGUCUGUAGAAAAAAGUGUGGAGUCAGUUUCUGUCUGUGUGUGAGAGAGAUAAAAGAAGAGAGAGACCUUGUACCAAUAAAAUUAAAGGGCAUCUUUAUAAAUGUUUUUAUUUAAAAUAUAUUAAGUUUUUUCCAGUAUUUUUUUAAAGCUAUAACCAGAAGUUUCUCAAAUAAUUAAAGACUAUGAAUUUGAACCAAAGACCUGAUGUUCAAUCAGAUUGUUUAAUUCAUUUUUUUUAUCAUAAUUUCUUUGUAACAAGUCAAUCUCUCAACCAUCUUUACCUUUGCAGUUUCCUAAGCAGUAGACGUGUAAAAGCAAGGUCAUGCUAAGAACUGAAUAGCAAAUCAAACUGGCCACUGCAUCAAUCCCAGUUUCCAGUAGAAAUACUCGAGGCUGAAAGUUAGAUUUACAGCCUACUGUAGAAUGCUUUGCGAUGUUAUCAAAUUAAUGUAUUCUUAUUUUCUUUUCCUGACUCAAACAACAUCAAAAAUUAGAAAGUGGUUGUGUUUGAUUAAUUUCAUUACCAUUAAAAUAGUCCUUACAUUUUAAAGAACUCUAAUUUAAAAUGCUAACCAGUAUAAAUGACCAACACUAUAGAAAGGGUUUAGGUUAAGGAUAAAGAAAAAUAAUGACAUAAAGUAUAUAAAUGUCAUACCAGAUGCAGACCAGUCGUUGAAUUGACCAUGAAUAGAUGAGAAAGUCAAUUGUGCUGAAUGUUGUCUUCCUCGGACGUUCACACUUCUGAUGUUAAUGCUCCGCGCUGUAAUCUGAAAUGGAUUAUAGCCCACCGCUCCGCCUGCUCAACCAGUCAGUACAGCAGACGCUCCCACUAGCAGCAAGAACCAAGCGGCUUCAUUUACCGUGUAAUCAAUAGAAACAAGGGGACAACUACGUAACUACGACACACACUAAACAAGAAUUAAAGUCAGUUACGGUCUAACACCACAGAACUGCUGGAAGUGACAGUGAAAGUCAGAUACCUGUGUCAUUGUUAAAUAAACGCAAUACCAUCAGUUCGCUGGAUUUGUCUAGAGAAAAAAAAAACGAAAGGCUGCCAUCUGUUGGCCAAAUAGUGGUAGUAAAACAAAAUUAGGUGGAUGGAUGGUUGGGUAGAAAAGUGAGAACUGAAAGCUAAAUAUUACUGGGCCUUAACAUGUAUUUUCAAAUAUGAGUUGGUCCGUGAUUGUUUUAUAAACUGAUACUGAAAGUAAAUGUCCUUUGUCUUUUAUGAGAGCCAGUUCCAGUGAUAUAAAGAUAAAAACACAUACAAUUCCAAACUGAAAACUUUUUUCUGUUUUGACAGUUUCCUGUAUUUCCUGUAAGAUAACAUUAAACCCCUUGAUAACAGAAAAUGUUUUUAUGCUCUUUUAAAGUAAAAUUGUUGCAAUAAUUAAUUUUUUUAAGUGUUAAACUUUAUCACGCUGUUGGAUGUUUACUCAAAUUAAAACACAAACAGACCUUACGUAGUUGUCAGGUUUGAUGGGUGCAGUUUUUAAGGUGACAGACACUGUGCAGAUUUACAGUUCUUUUGUGCCUCCAUAUGAGACAUGGGCUAAACAAAUUUCACUGUUCUGAGAAAAAAAACCCUUGCUAACCACAUCUUCUUUUGAAGCCGAACACAACGUGAGCAGCUCUCAGUCUGCAGUCUCACUUUUCACUUUUCAGCAAUAACGUCCAGGAACAUCACAGCUCACACCAAAGUGGUAAGUUCAGAUUUAAAUGCAAUAAUGAUAAUAGUAACAAAGGUAAAUUAUUUUUCUGCAGAAAAUAACUUAAUUUUUUUUAACAAACAAACAACUCGGUGUUUAAAAGAAAAGUUGUAUUUUUUUUGUGUGUCUUUUUCUGACAAAAAGAACAUUAUUUGACUUUUCAGUUUUAGGUGUGCUUCCCACUGUAGUGCAGUCAUGCUGGCAGCUUUAACUCUGGCCUCCCUGAGCCUCGUGGUGUGGUCAUCAGACCUCUGCCCACCAGCCUGUCACUGUAUACAAAACCAGAAUUCUGUCGCAUGUCAGGGUAAAGGUCUGGACAUGAUCCCUGAGGUACCAGGAUCUACAGAGGUGCUGUACCUGUCAUACAACAAAAUAUGGCAAAUACCGGAACAUGGACUGGAGGAGCUGCAGGUUUUGGACCUGACCAGGAACAGGUUACAUCUCUUCCUGGUUAACAACCCAGUGUGGCCAAAUAUGACAAAGCUUUCCAAGCUUUUCUUACGUGACAACCACCUUAGAUUACUGCAUCCUGGUCAGUUCCAUAUGUGCACUGCUCUCACUUUACUGGAUCUAAGUGAGAAUUUAAUUGAAUAUCUACCAAAGGGUCUCCUCCAUGGAUUGGCUAAACUUCAAACACUUGUUGUGAACUUCAACCACAUUCAGUCGUUACAGGUCGGUGGCUUGGACGGCGCCCUCACACUGUCUGACCUUCACCUGAGCCACAACAAUAUAACAAUGAUAGAGGAGGGAGUUUUCCAGAACUCGACUGUUUUAAAGAAACUUAUUAUGUCACGCAACAGAAUUACUAAGUUGAAUGAGAAGAUAUUACGAGGACUGGGAGGUCUCCAACGACUUGACCUUACUGGAAACAGGCUGGUCACCAUUCCAUCUGAGGCACUGAGCGAUCUGAGAAACCUUACGGUUCUGUAUCUGAAGAUAAACAACAUCACUGACCUUCCAGACGGCUGCUUCUCGUUCCUCAACCUGCUGGUUGAGCUAGACCUGAGAAACAAUAAGCUGACCACUGUGUCUGAGGGGUCACUGAGAGGUCUGACCAUGCUGCGAGUCCUGGACCUCAGUGUUAACCUCAUAGACUCUCUUCCCUCUCAAGUCUUCAGUGACCUGAUCAACCUGGAGUCACUUGAUUUUUACAGAAACAGACUGAAAUCUCUUCCUUGGCAUGUGUUCAGUCCCCUGACCAACCUGAAGCAGCUUCAUCUGGACAGUAAUAAGAUCUCUGUCCUGCCAGACGGACUCUUUGAUUCCCUCUGGAGACUCACUGAACUACAACUGUCAUUCAACCUUAUUUCCCAGCUGAACCCAGUGCUGUUCUCCAACCUCAUCAUGGUACAGAACCUCUAUUUGGAGAACAACUUACUGAAGCAACUUCCUGAAGGACUUUUCCGGGAGAUGUUUGAUCUCAGGGAGCUAGACCUCAACGACAACCACAUCACUUUUAUGCAUCACUCAGUUUUCCAUGAUUUAGUGAAGGUAAACCAACUACGGCUGUCCAAUAACAAUAUCUCCACUCUGCACCCAGACCAAUUCAGAAACCUGACCAAUCUUAAAGAGUUAAAACUGAAUGGAAACCACAUUAGUAAACUCCCUCCAAGUGUAUUCAUUAAUUUGUCUAACUUGACCACAUUAGAUCUGAGCAAAAACUGUCUCCUGCAGCUGUCAGCGUCCAGCUUUGCAGGGUUAUCUCAUCUCAAAGAACUCAGGCUGAACUUCAAUCAGCUUCAGAGCAUUGACUUCAACACUUUCCAUUUCCUCAGCAACCUCGGUAAGCUUCUCCUGAAGAACAACAGCCUCACCACUUUACACCCCCAGCUUUUUACCAAGCUGACCAAACUAACUGAACUCAACUUAGAUGGGAACAAACUUCAACUUCUGCAGUCUGAUAUUUUUCGGGGACUUAGAAACCUCCACAAGCUGGGUUUAAAGUCCAACCAGUUAAAAGCGGUGAAGAGCAGAGCUUUUAAGCCUUUGAAAAAGCUUCACGUUGUCUGGCUCUCGGAUAACUUGUGGGACUGCACCAGUUCACAUAUCGGCUACAUCAGCUGCUGGGUCAAGAUGCACGGAGGCAAGCUGGGAGACCAGCCUGUCUGCUACGUCAACUCUUCAUCGCCAUCUGCCUCUCUGUUCAACUCUUCUGUCCUGACUGAAGACUUGGCCUGGUCUCAUAGAGUGAAGCCUGACUUAUUGUUACAACAUUACUGCACUGCAGACGCUGCCAGCAGCUUUGAACCCACGUUUCCUCUAAGAAUGCUAAGUGUGCUCUUCUGGGCACACAUCGCUGUCAGACUAACAUGACACACUUUAUGUGGUUUCAACCUCCGAAACCUUUUUGUGUCUGUGCUUUGCUGAUUUCUUUUUUUGUUGAACUCUACAUCAAGCCGUGGUUCUUCUCACUCCUUUUCGAAUAUGUAAUUAUUUUCUUCCCUGUGUUUUCAUAAUUUCACUUCAUUUCUUCUUCAUUUCAAUAUUGUUUUAGUGCAAAGAAUUUGUUGGUGGUGUUCCAGUAGCAUUGAGCUAUCUGCAUGUUUGAAAUAAAUAGCAUAAACAAACAAAUAUAUCAGUGCAUACAUUUUUAACAGUGCUGUCACUGAAGACAAAAAAACCUGCCAUACCAUAACAAUGAAUGUAAAAUAAUUUACAUGAAUCACACUGUUAGACUCUGCAUCUUUAUCUUUGUUCGCACAAUUAAAGCCAUUACAGGUCAAUUGAUUUUUAGUGUUGUUUUAUUUCACAAACUGCCACAGAGCUGCCAAGAUACUCUGCUUUUGUAUUUUGUCAGUUUACUCAAUUUUCUUCAUUGGAUCAACAUCGUGAAAAAACCCCACUAUCAGUUUCAGAACAAAAUGAAUUGACAUUUUGGCUUUGAACCAAACCUGUGCCACGGUCCCAGGUUGAUCACCCUUGUUGACGUCAGAUGUACUGAAGAUUUAACUUUUUUCUGACAUUUUUAAUAUACUUACCUAUACUGAUUAUACUGAUACCUGCUGACAAUAAAUUCAAUGGUUAUGGUUCAAUUGAAAUACAUUAUAAGAAAGACCAUAUUAUAUAUAUGGUAGAUAGUAUACAGUGUAAAAUUUCACAGACAGGUCAGUAGUUAAUGACAUUUGUGUUUGACGUGUCUAUCACUUAGAGUGUCAUCUGCUCGGGUGAAAGCUCUCUAAAAACAGCUAGCCUUCCUCAUUCUCGAUGGAACUUAACUGAGGAGCAUGAUAUCAAAGACUUCUACUCUACAGCUGUAGUAGUUCAAACCAGACUCAGACUUGAC